UAAAUUGAUUUUUAGUCGAACAAAGAAGUAUUUUCUAAACAAACUGAGAGCAUUGGGAGACUUUGACAAUUCCUUUCCUAGGUCGGAUUAGAAGGCAAAUCUUUUUGCUUAUAAAUUAAAAUAAAAAAACAGAGAAGCUUUUCCGACAUCAAAACAAAUCAGUUCGAGUCAAAAAGAAAAAAAAACAGAUCUAAGAAGCUAGAGAGAGAGAUUAAUUACUGGAAUCAUCGGAGCAGGUACCAAGCUCAGGCAAAGAAGAAGGAGUUCGGAGAGUAAUUCCCUGUCGGAGAAGCUUUGCUUUGCUGGAUUGCUAAGGUAUGUCGUCAUAUAAUAGUCGUCGGAUUCGGAAGAUGAGGUGGGAGCUUCCCUUUGAAUUAAUUGUGGAAAUACUCGCUAGGGUUCCUGUUAAGGACUUAGCACGGUUUAGAUGUGUCUGCAAGAGUUGGUUGUCCUUGUUCCAAGACGAGAGAUUUAUUAAACAGCACAUGAGUCAUGCCCCAACGAGGAUCAUGUCUUUCCGUGGCUGGCAAACUCAACCCUGCCACUUUUCUUUUGAAACUAGUACUACUACUGGCAAGCAGCCGCCAGAGAUGAUAGUGCAAGAGGUUGUUAAGUUGAACAUUGGAGAUGAAGUCUUGCUCCGCAGUUCUGGUUUGAUUGGUCACUGCCAUGGACUCUUUUGCUUAGACCUUGAAGAUAACACUUUUGGUAUUUGGAACCCGGCUUUGAGAGAAUUCAGAAGAAUACAAACAAGGCAUCUCAAUAACUGGGCUGAGAUGGGUUUUGGGUAUGACCACUCUACUCAAGAUUAUAAGCUUGUCUUGGUUCCCAGUAUGAAAGAAGGCAGCUGCUCUCAAGCACAAGUGUUAUCCUUGAAGUCGGGUGUGUCUCGGUUGAUUGAUUUCCCGUCUUUAAAAAACUUUUCCAUGUGCCACAUGAGACUACCUGGAACCCUUGUGGGUCAAAACAUCUACUGGCAGGUCUAUGAUCGUGAUCGUAAGGUAGCCUUGACUGAAACGAUUUUGUGCUUUGAUUUGGUGUCGGAGUCAUUCAGCUAUUGCCCAGGUCCAAGUACUUCUGGUCAAGGAUUUCCUCAUGCUGUUGUGGGAUUGACAGGAGGUCUAUGUACUGUUGGGGUUGACUUGUCUUGUGGUGAUCUCAUCGUUUGGUCUGCCCAACAUGAAAAGGAGGAGAACACUGGUACUAUCAAAUCUUGGAACAAGAUCCUCAGUCUCUCACGGGACAUUGUUUAGGUAUUGGUGGAAGAGAAGCAAAGUUGCUUGCAUACAACUUUGAGGACAAAAGUUUGAGAAUUGUUCAGACUAGUGAUAGGUGUGGACUUCUCCAGACGUAUGUUGAAACACUUGUCCCUAUUCCUGGCGCUUCUUUAUAGUUUAGGCUUUUGAAGUGUUGAGAAGGUUUUUUUUAAUAGGCUUUUGAACUUGGAGUUCCUCUGCAGGUUCGAUUCGAGAUUCUACAAUAUUUGCUGGAAAAGUGACUCCAUUUUGGAUUGAAAAUGAGUUCGGAAAGAUGACUACUGCAAAUCUAUGUAGGCUCGCAAAAUUAUUCGUUUGUGCAUCUUUAUCAAAUACUACGAUUGUGUGUUCACAAUGACCGCAGGAUUUUGUUGUUUUAACGCUUAGCUUGUUUUUUUUU